GGGGACAUGGGAGAGACAUGGCUAACCUCCAAUUCAUGGAUUUUCCUCUUAUUUUCCUCUGUGGUUUUAAUGGUUGUAUUUUUCUUGGUGUACUUCUUUGAAGUUGUUCGAAGGAUGGGAUCUGAUCACUGCUUCGAUGUAUCUGCUGCAUAUUUUGAGGAUCCCAACUCUUUGAGAAAGGUUGCUUUUCCUUCAGUAUUUGAUCCUGCCGAGAAGUAUAUAUCAUUAAUCAUCCCUGCAUUCAAUGAAGAACAUAGACUUCCUUUAGCUCUUGAUGAGACCAUGAGUUCGUGGAGACCAACAUACAUUGAUGCAUACAUUCUCCUUCUAUGCGGCGGCUGGAGUGCAGAAAGAAACAUAUCAUUCCCUUUUUAUGUGUCUCAGAUUUAUCUUCAACAACGUGCAGCAGCAGACAAGUCUUUUACUUAUGAGGUGGUGAUAGUUGAUGAUGGGAGUACUGAUAAAACAUCCAAAGUUGCAUUUGAUUGGGCGAGGAAAUACACAAUUGACAAUGUAAGGGUUAUCCUUCUUGGGAAAAAUCAUGGAAAGGGAGCAGCUAUAUCACAAGGAAUGCUUCACUCACGUGGUGAGCUGCUUUUGAUGCUUGAUGCUGAUGGAGCCACCAAAGUUACUGACCUUGAAAAGCUAGAACUUGAGAUACGUUCAUCAUAUGAAAAGGAACUUCACUCUAGAGCUGCAAGGCCAAGUGAUUCGAACCCAAAAUUUUCUGAUGUUGCAAUCGCUACAUUUGGAUCUCGUGCUCAUCUUGAGCAGCAGGCUCUAGCUACCCGGAAAUGGUACCGAAAUAUUCUAAUGAAGGGUUUUCACAUAGUAGUUUUGCUGACAGCGGGUCCUGGAAUUCGAGAUACCCAGUGUGGCUUUAAGAUGUUCACGCGUGCCGCUGCUCAGAAACUUUUCACAAAUAUUCGUUUGAGAAGGUGGUGCUUUGAUGUGGAGUUGGUGUAUCUGUGCAAAUACCUUAACAUCCCCAUGAUCGAGAUCUCCGUCAACUGGUCAGAGAUUCCUGGUUCAAAAGUGCGCAUGACAAGCAUCUUGCACAUGCUCUUCGAACUCUUGCUCAUCCGCACUGGUUAUGGCCUUGGCAUUUGGAAAAUUCGUGCCUGAAAGGAGUUUCCUUAGGUCCUUAACCAAAUAAGCUUAAUGUACUGACAUGGAUUGAGUAUACAGUAGACAGAGAGCCAAGCAUGAGUAAUUAUCGUUUACUCUCAUUUUGAGGGAGAGGCGGAUGUAGCAUAUUUUGGACAUUUCAUGAGCAGUUAGAUGCAGCUGGGACACAGAAGAUCUUGGUCAUGUUAUAAUAUUCUUUUGUACGAUAGGUAUCUGCAGAUUUCUUUCUGUCUUGUUGUUACACGAACACUUCUUGAAAUUGGUUAUUAACCAAAGAAAUGGUUACACCAAUUUUAUGUUGUCAAGCUCCUUGUAUUAAGGGGAGAAGACUUGUCUUCUUGAGUUGAAAUUUUCUUUUUCUUAGGGUUUCUUAUCAGCUGAAAUUUGGCCGAUGAAUAUUGCCAAUUUUUCAGUAUAACAAUAGUACUCGUUGAAAUAUUUCCACAUUUGGGGAUGUUCUUUUGUGCGUGGUUGGAAGCA